GUUCAUGUUCAUUACAUACCUACAAUGUUUGUGUGUGGAAAUUGAUUUAUAUUAUAGUGGUUUUCUAGUUUGUUUAUAAACUGUACAUUUAAAUUAUAAUUCUACGUCUUCAGUAACCUUGUAAAAAUUCAAGUGGUUCAUAAAUUGUGUAUUAUACCUUUAAUUCGUCGUCCUAAAUGAGGCUUUAGCAUCUUCCUCUUUUCUGCCGAAGAAUCUUCUUUAUAGCAGGUUAAAAUGGCUGAUAUUCUGGAUAUUUUGGAUAUUGAGCAGCCGCAAACCUCUGAGAUCAGUAGGGACAGUAUCAUCCAUGGAGAUAAGAACAAAAAGAAGUAUGUGACUGCCAAAGCUGUGAAGCGGCCAGAGGGCAUGCACAGAGAGGUGUUUGCUCUGCUUUACAAUGAUAAUAAUGAGUUGCCACCACUACUACCUACAGACACAGGCAAAGCCUAUAAACAAACAAAGGCUAAGCUGGGUAUGCGUAAGGUGAGGAAAUGGCAAUGGGCACCAUUCACAAACCCAGCACGAAAAGACAAUGCAGUGUUCUACCACUGGAAGAGAGCCUCCGAUGAACCCAAAGAGUAUCCGUUUGCUCAGUUUAACAAGCAAGUAUCAAUUCCUUCAUACUCAGAGUCUGAGUACAAUCAAUACCUCAAGUCAGAAGACUGGAGUCAAGGAGAAACCGACCACCUGAUGGACUUGUGCCAAAGAUUUGACCUCCGCUUCAUUGUGAUACACGACCGCUGGGACCGUGCUGCUUUCAGAGACCGCAGCAUUGAGGAUCUUAAGGAGAGAUAUUAUAAUAUCUGUGGCAUUCUUAGUAAGGUUAAAACAAAUCCAUGGUCCAAUACAGUAACCAUGGUCAAUGGAGAGAAAAGAAUCUAUCAGUAUGAUGCUGAACAUGAAAGGAAGAGGAAGGAACAAUUAAAAAGACUAUUUGACAGAACACAAGAACAGAUUGAAGAAGAGCAAAUGCUCUUAGCUGAACUGAAGAAGAUUGAGGCAAGGAAACGAGAGAGGGAACGGAAAACUCAGGACCUGCAGAAAUUGAUAUCCCGUGCAGACAGUGGCAACAUUUUGGCAACCAACAACGUGAGCGCGACAGAAGGUGCCGCCACACCGUCCAGCGCCGCAGCCACCAUUGCUCGCAGGCAUGACAGAAAACUGCAGAAGAAGAAAUUAUCCACACAACAAAGACCUCUACGAGCUGUCGAGAGUGUUACAGUAGAGUGGUCGGGCAUCAAGUUCCCCGAGGCACGCGGCACGGGCGUGUGGUUACGCUCGCAACGUAUGAAGCUGCCGCCAGGAGUGGGUCAGCGGAAGACUAAGGCCAUAGAGCAAGAGCUACGACUUAUGAAUAUUGACAUAGCUCCGACUCCGACGGAAUCUAUCUGCAAGCAUUUUAACGAGCUAAGAUCAGACCUGGCCCUAGCACUAGACCUCAAGAAUGCACUAACAGCCUGCGAGUUUGAUCUACAAGCACUCAGACAUCAGUAUGAAGCUCUGAACCCUGGAAAGACUUUAACAAUACCUCCAUCAAUCUGCAGUUCCACUACAACAGACAAUGAAAGCAAACCAGUAGGAGAAAUUAUUGAUGUUGUAGGUUCGCCUGGUGCACUGAAUACAACCAUAUAGUAUUACCAUACUUGUCUUUGAAAGUACAAUGCAAUAAUUUGCAAAAUUAGCUGAUAAGGAAAUAAAAACUGU